AUGGCGUCGGUAAAGUCUCUGGGACUGCACCAACCGACCGCACUACAUCGUACAAUUGAGGAACUCGGUCUUCCGCAGAGCACCAACCUCUCUUCAUUGCAUUGGGAAAUAAACACCGACAAGCGCGAUACGCCCGCUGUGGAAGACGAACUUCUCGUAACCGAGACGUGUGUCGUAUGGAGCCGAGGUGGAAUAUUUCGAAAGUCUUAUAAAUUUGACCUCGAGAACGAACCCAUCACGCAGGCACUGCUGGCAUACUUCCCCGCAUAUGAUGAGCUACCGAAGCCCAAGAACAAGAAGAGGUCUUCAGUAUCACCGGAAACCUCCAAGAAGCCGUCCAAGGCUUUGAUCGUAUUUCUCAAAACCCAAGCCCACCUUCAUUUUGUCUCAGGGGCCAGCCAUGUCAUCCAUAUGCCUUUCGAGGUUGAGGCCGCCUGCGCUGCGCCGCAGGGCGUCAUCAUACAAAGGAAGCAUCACACUGAGAACAACAUACCGGUAUCACUCAAGUUCCCCAAGGUUCCUCCAAACUCGUUCGUUUCCUCCCAGAUCACAGCCCCAUCUCUACAGGGUUCACAGCAAACCACUUUUUCAAUAGAAGGCUUGGGAAACCCGAGAAGCCUACCUCUUAAGCUGGGUUCGACACUAGAAGAUAUGUGGGAGGUCCCCCUAGGGAAAUCACAGUCUAAGUGGCCGAGGCUGGUGACUCUGAUUGACCCACUACAAGAUAUCGGUCUCGUCGUUACAGAUCCUCAAUCAGCGCAACAGGCAGCAACAAGAAGAGGAACUUCCAAGUCGCCAUAUCUUCUAGACCCCGCCGAAGAGAUACUUUACAUCGAGGAAGUACAGCUUCCAAGCUUACUACAGCCGCCGAAAAACGACCCACUCAUCCUCGCCGUUACAGUCAAUAGAGAAGCAAAUACGUACACCUUAUGGAGGUUAUCGUACAACAAGAACGGCGAUGAUCCUGUCCAGAGGAGCAAGAAGAGCGAUAUCGCAGCAAAUAGACGCCGCAGCUCGAUGCAGCCACAGUUUGCCAGUGGGGCUUCUACACCGAUUCAGGUUAACUUCAGGGAAAGCUUUGGCGCGCCCUUGCCAGGGAAGCGGCAGAGGAAAAGCGAAAGACUUGAGAGGCUUGAGAGGACUGAAAAGUCGGACAAGCCACUUGAUCUUGUUAGCUCUCUGAAUGCGGAUAAAGACGGAGGCGCCACUCGAAGACAGUCACGCAGAGUCAGCUCCAUGUUAGCUCGUGCUGAUCUUUCCGCGUCACAAGAACGAUCCGCCUUUUCAGAACAGCAGCUGAUGCCAAAUCUCGGCAGCUCGAUCAGGGACUCUUUUGGCACCCAAGGUGGCCGCCACUCUCUCAACUACAACCAGACCAUCCACCCUAGCUUAGGUAGCUUACUCGAGGCUCCCAUCGACAAUGUUCUUGACGAGCUGCGAGCAGGAGGUGACUUUGAAGGCUUUCACAGCAUGGGUCUAGAUGAUCACGACUGUGACGGAUUAGCACAAGAAGUGGUGUUCACAAAGGUCCACACCAUUGAUAUUGACAGCUCCAACGUUCGUUACUCCGUAUCGAGUCAGCCUGCGCGGUACCAGAGCAGUGUCUUUAUUCUUUCGAGCCCCAAGCUCUCCGUUGAUGAUAAUCAGAGGAGCGAGCUCAUACUUGGCAUCCAAGAUGCAGUGGAUAAGAAGUUGCAACUUCUUACAAUCGACAUACACAAGGGUGGGCAAUUCCUCGUUCCACCCCGAUCAGCCCAACUUCCUGAAGUUCACUCGAACGCCCUUCGAGUUACCUGUGGCCAGCUACGACGAGCACAUCCCGUUGUUGAUGCUUGUAAAGUUGAGGACGGCGAUCUUUCGGCGAUACUCAUACUAUCCGAAGGCAAUGAUGGACGACGCGAGCUCAGUAUUCAGGCACCAUGGCUGGAGAAAACACCCAUUACUCUUCCUCGAUUGCUACUCGAGAACGAGCGCAGCCUACAAUACAUCGGUCGUGUCAUCGAUCGAGAUGUACGACAGCGAAGGUCUGAAGCACUGGAUACGGCGAAUGGCAUCAUCCGUGCUCUUCGAUACUCUCGCAUGGGUGGCAUUGUGGAUGUUGUGGACGCUGAGAGGCGUCAUCACCAAAUCCAGAUCCAGCUGCAACCCCGCAACCCUUUGGCUCGCAAGGUUCUUGAUGCAUGCCGCAGCGUUCUGCCCUCGUCUCAAUCCAAGAAAAUAUUACCAGGCUGGUGGCAAGCCAUGAUGUGGCUACAGGCAGAAGAUAUGCAGGUGGCGGAUACCGAAUGGUCGGCCCUCGUUAUUCAUAUCAUGUCCAUCUUCCUUGUCUUAGGAGGUGCUGAGGCAGUCGUCCCGGCUCCGCGGAGGCCGGUCAAGGGUCGCAGACGACCCCCUUCAGGCUCAUUUGGUUCCAUGAACAACAUCGAGGACUGGCGCUCUUUGCAGCUGCAUGAGACACCCAAUGCCCUUGGCUGCCCAAUAUGGCAGCAGAACCGAGGCUGGGACUGGACUGCGGACCAUGACGAUGAUCUAGACACCAAGGGCGACUUUGUUGAUUGCAAAUUUCUGCCAACGCACAUUCAGUAUACCAAAGCAUACCUCGCAUCAAGCAUCGAAGGGGAUUUACCAAGAACUGCAUAUGCGUUAUCAUCAGCAAUCCUUCAGAAUACAGAGGAUUCGCACAGUGCAGUCUGGGCCUUUUUCAUUGGAUUACACCUUCUACUCGAAGAACAAAAGCUGGACACCUCCACUCCAGAAUAUGCAACUCCUGGUAUUGCGGAGCUUCGCGUCUUGAUGGCGCAGAUUGCACGCUGGCUGAGGUGGCACGAAUUUGCCUCCUAUUACGAGAUGGGUCUUCAAGAGGAACUAGAAAAUCGAUAUGACAACGUUCUCGCUAUCGAGAUACCACCGCCGCAGUCUAUGGGCAAGUCCUAUGAUGUUAUCGAAUGGAUUAGCACCAACUUCACUGGCGGUGACAGGACAGAUUUCCUGACACUAGCUUUUGCACGUCAAAAAGGGGUACCAGACUCUAGUCGGCAAUCUCCGACGGAUACACGGUGGGGCUUGAUGACACCGAGAACCCAUAUGUUCAAGAGCUUUUUCUCCAAGCUUCGCGCGAGAAACGAUGCGGUUGGGAUUGUUGAGGCCAUGUAUAGCUCGGGAAUUGAUGUCCGCGUGUUGGAAACGCUACCGGAGGCCAUUUUGACGCCCCUACGUGACGCUAUAGCCAACUGCCAGGCACGACCUCCGUCCUCAUGGUCGAAGGACAUGCUGAAGCUGGUGAGUCGCAGCGAUAUCACACUAAUGUACGAACCUAGCAUGAAGCUCCGACAACGUCCGUUCAACAUUACUGCCCCCAUUCACAUCGCCUCCUGGGAUUUCCGGACCAUUUGCCAAACUCUUAAUGAGUUCAACUCUGCCGGCUAUGAUGAUGGCGAGGGUACUGAGAGACAAGCAGUCAUCAGAGCUUUGUUCAAGGAGGACAGACGCCUCAACGAGGCGCAGGACCUCCUGUUCACGCACAGACCACGUAUCGUCCGCCUAGACCUUGAGCCUGGUUGGACCGAAAGUCAAUAUCUCGAGAAGCAGAAAGAGCUGGUCUCGAGGGUUGCUACAGGCACGUUGGCAAUUCCAGCUGGUCGUGCCCUUCUUUACUAUGGUCUACGAUAUCCCUUGUUGACACAAAAGUUCCAUAUCGGAGGCUUCAACCUCAAUUGUAUCACGACUGGCAUCAUGGGCAUCGGUCUCCUCUAUUGCGGUAGUCAACAUCGGCGGAUGAGCGAGAUCAUGAUGUCCGAGAUCGAGCAUGUUGGUGAGGACGAAAGCCCUGAGCCACUGAGGAGUGAGUGUUACCGCCUCGCUGCUGGGUUUUCGCUUGGAUUCAUCAACCUUGGCAAAGGCAAAGACCUCAAGGGGCUCCAUGAUAUGAGACUUACUGAAAAGCUCAUCGGCAUUGCAACGGCGAACAAGAAGGUCGAGAUGGUGCAAAUUUUGGAUCGUGCUGCUGCAGGCGCAGUCAUGGCUCUCGCUCUUAUCUUCAUGAAGUCGGAGGACCACAUCGUGGCGCGUAAGAUCGAUGUGCCGGAAUCGGUCCUGCAAUUCGACUACAUUCGUCCAGAUAUCCUUCUCUUGCGUACUGUUGCAAAGAAUUUGAUUCUUUGGAGUCAGAUCGAGCCUUCAUUCGAGUGGAUCGCGCAAAGUUUACCCACGCCAUUCCGCUUCCGCCAUAGACUGACUGGCACUAUAAUCUUGAAGAGCACUGAUCUUCCUUUUUUCAGCAUCCUCGCAGGUCUUUGCUUCUCUCUAGCAUUGCGGUUCGCCGGAAGUGGCUCGCUGAAAGCUCGCGAUAUCCUCAUUCACUACCUCGAUCAGUUCAUGCGUGUCUCACGUAUUGUUUCUACGAAACGAGUUCCACAAUUUGAUCGGCCAAUUUACGAUGAGGAGCUUGCACGCUCAAACGCACCACCCCUUAUGGCUCGCAUCUGGCAGCACACCUUGCUAUCGGAGCACUGUUUCUUGGUUGUGGGACAACAACGUUCGGUACCAGCGAUCUUGCCGUCGGUUGUCUAUUGGUAG